UUUCUCGGUAGUAGUAGUAUUAGUAGUAGCAUUAUAUAAAUAAUAAUAAGGGCUUUAGAAUAUAUUUAUUGCCUUCCUUCUCUAUUUAUAACUCAUAUAUGACUUCAGUUUAUCGUCCUCCUCAUAAAAUUAUAUUAAAUAAUAGCAGUCGUAUGAGUGUCAUUGUAGAUCGAAUUCUAUGUUUAUUAGAAAAGGUGUCUGAUGAAGCAUUUUGGCAAUCACUUGUUGGCGAUCGUAUUCUUAAUCUUUUAAAACGUUAUUUUGGAAGUGAUGUCGUCUUUUUAGGUUUUAUUGUUUAUCUUGCUCCCAUUGUUGGAUAUCAACUGCACUCUAUAUUUUAUCAACUAAUAAAUUUUGUAAAAGAAAGAAUGUAUGUUUCGAUACAAAUUGGUAAAAAUGAGACAGGUUAUGAAGCUAUUCAACAAUUUGUUGCAAGCAAGACAACGACACAUAUUCAAAAGAGUUUACGUACUGUCGAAGGUCGUUGUGUCCAAGCAGAUCAUGAUGAUUUACAAGGCCCUGGUCUUCCUCCUACACUUCGACUUUAUCCAUUGGAUGAAACUGAACAAAAGAUAACUUACAAGAACCAUACAUUAUGGGUUAUAAAAAGGAAAAACAGUGGUGUAAGCAAUAAUAUGGACCAGUUUUAUAGUAAUAACCUGAAGGAUUUAUUGGGUAUGAUGAAUACUAAUCCUUGCGUUGAAAUCACCAUGCGUGGACAAGAUCUAAGUCUUUUAAAGUCAUUUAUUCAAGAAUGGAUCGAUGACUAUUUUGAACAAGAAAAUGGUAAACUUACUAUCUAUAAAUGUAUGCCUAGUCGAUAUGAUGGAUUUGAAUGGCGUACGUUAACAUCAAAACAAUUAAGAGAUUUUGGUUCAGUUAUAUUGAAGGAAGGACAAAAGGAAUUGAUCCUGAAGGACAUUCAAAUCUUCCGUAAACGAGAGCAUUGGUAUUCAAUCCGUGGUAUUCCCUAUCGUCGUGGUUACCUUCUUUAUGGCCCCCCAGGGACUGGUAAAACAUCUUUAGUUCAAUCCAUAGCUAGUAAAGUGAAUAUGAAUGUGGCUAUCAUUAGUUUAUCUGGGAAAAUGGAUGAUGAAAAUUUUAAUGUUUUACUACAGGAGGUACCUCGUAAUAGUAUUCUUGUUAUGGAAGAUGUGGAUCAUUGUGUGAUAAAGGAUCCUAAUUCAAACAAGGAUAAUAAUGAUUCAAAGAUUACCAUGAGUGGCUUAUUGAAUGCUCUGGAUGGUGUAGCAGCUCAAGAGGGCUCUAUGAUUUUUUUGACGUGUAAUGAUGUAAACCGUAUUCAACCUGCUUUACUUCGUCCUGGUCGUAUUGAUAUGAAAAUGGAAUUAGGAUAUGCAAAUAAAUACCAAAUCAAUAGAAUGUUUUGGCGUUUUAUGGGCAAGGAUGAUAUCGAUUUAGGUGAUAUGGAACCGGAUGAAAAGAUACCUUGUAAUAAUGACCCUAAUAUAUCCCUCUUGGCUGAAAAGUUUACAGACAUGAUUCCUGACCUUUAUGUAACGCCUGCAGAACUUCAAAAUUUUUUUAUUAUGAAUUUAAUCGAUAACAACAACAAUCAUUCAAAUGAAAAUGACUAUACCUACUUAUUAGAUGCUGUACCUGCCUUCUUAGAAUCUGUGAAGCGUGACCGUGAACAGGCUCUUGAUCACCAUGCUGGUAUAUCUGCUUCUGUUAAAAAUAUCCUUAACAAUACCAAUAAUGAAGAUGAAUCUGUAAAUAGUACACUCUGAAAAAAAAAUAUAUACUUCAUCAUAUAAACAAACACUAAAUAGAAUAACAUUAUAUAUAUAUUUAUUUAUUUAUUUAUUUUUCUG